GACUGGGGCGGUGGGGGAUUGCCCUCACCUUCCGAGCACCGUGAGAGCAGCCCGAGGACAGGGCCUGGCACUGCAGAACAAGGAAUCGGGCUCCAACGUCCACAGCAAAUUGAUCCUAUGCUUGAGGACUUUGGAACGCCAGAGGAUGUAUUCAAGGCAUUUAGUUACUUCCAGAAUCAGCCGUACUCGUUCUUUCAUGACGAUACCUUCCGGCAACGUUUGUCGGAACAAGCUAUUCCUAGACAUCUAGUCCUAGCUGUCAUGGCGACUGCAGUUCGGUUUUGCUCGCAUCCA